UAUAUAUAUAUAAUAUUAACAUAUUUUCUUUCUUAAUUCAAUCUUUUACAGGUUAUUCUGGUUAUCAUUUGGAUAUUGACAAAGAACUUUUUCUCUGGUCUGUAAUAACAGGUAAACGUGAGUUUAAUCUAUUAUUUUGGUCUCGUGGUAAAAAUAAAGUCUGUGCGGCAUUAAUUGCUGCAUUAGUUUAUAGAAAACGUGCUCGUAAAGAUCAUGAUAAUAGUUAUUAUCAAACAGCUGAUGAAUUUGAAAACUUAGCUGUACAAAUUCUUGAUCGAUUUUAUCAAAUUAAUUCUCGUGCAUGUGUAAAAGCAAUUAUACGACAAAUACCAUCCUAUGGUAAUGUCACAUGGUUAGAAUUAGCUAUAAAAGCUGAAGCUAAACAAUUUAUUGCUCAACGAGCAGUACAAGAUGUACUCAAUAAUAUUUGGUAUGGAUAUAUUGAUCACAAAGAAAGUGAAAUGAAAAUCAUCUUUUCGACAAUUAUGUUUUGGUAUAGUGGUUUCCUUCGUUAUCACGAUAAAUUAGUUAAAACAAGUGACCCAACAAGAUUUAUAGAUGAAUUACUUAGUAAAGCAAAUUUACCACAACAAAGUCAAACAACAAAACCACUGCAUUCGAUGAACAAGCCAACAGAUGAUAUUCAAAUGAGAUUAAUGCAUGGUGUUGCAAGUGUAGAUAAUACUCCUGUUGAUUUCAUCGCUGUUGGCUUUUGCGAAAAGGCAAACAAUCAAAUUUCUCAAUAUUUUAAAAAUAUUUUAAAAUUUCUACGUGCUCCAUAUGUUAAAUAUCUAUAUAAUUUAUAUUUUCAUGUGAUCUUUUUAUCUCUUUUUUCUUACAUGAUAUUAUCUGAUUUUUUUCCUCUGUAUGAAUUUCAAUCGGAUGUAUGUGGACCAAAUAGUCCGCCUGAGAGACAAGAAUAUGGUAGUAAUAAUAGUUCAUUGAUAAAAGAUAAUCAAAUUAAUACGAAUAUAACAGUUCCAUAUGGAUUUCAAAAACAUGAUCGACCAUCUAUGUCAGAAUAUAUACUUUUUAUUUGGGUUACAACAUUACUUUGUGAAGAAAUUCGACAAUUCUUUUCAUUAGAAGCAAAAUCGAUUCGGAAUGCAAUGGUCGCAUAUUUUGAAGUAUUUUGGAAUAAAUUAGAUGUUAUAGCAAUACUACUUUUUUAUGUUGGUUUUAUACUUCGAUUUCUGCCAUAUACAGAAUGUUUUUGUGCAGCACGUAUUGUUUUCUCAGUUGAUAUAACAAUAUGGUUUAUACGUUCAUUAGAUCUAUUUGCUGCUAUUAAACGACUUGGUCCUAAACUUGUUAUGAUUGGUGAAAUGAUGCAUGAUUUGAAAUUUUAUAUGAUUAUGUUAGUUGUAUUUAUUAUGGGAUUUGGUGUAUCAUCUUAUAGUCUUAUUUAUGGUGCAAAAGCAUUUACUUGGCAUUUACCACGUGAAAUAAUAAAUCUUGCUUAUUGGCAAAUAUUUGGAGAACUAAAUGCAUUAGAUUCAUUUGAACACAAUUAUCGUCCAAAUGGGUAUGCUGUAUUUAUUUUACUUGUUAUUUAUAUGGCAAUUGUUAAUAUACUUUUGGUUAAUUUACUUAUUGCAAUGUUCAGGUAUUGA